UUCCGGGUUUUAAAUAUAAAUCGCCAGCAAUUCUGUACGCAAUACGUUGAGUGCGAAAGAUCCUACGCAGUAUAUGCGUAUGUAUGUGUGUGUGCGUCUGCGCUUCCUUGCUUCCCCUGCCUUCUUUUAUUCUCCUCUCCUUUGUUCGCUUGCGGGCUUGCGGCUUCGGGAAGGAGGAGAGGACGAGGGGCGGGCGGGUGGGCGGGCGAAUGCACAGUUCCGGAGAAUAUUGGUGAAACAAUAACUUGACAUAGAGUUCUAGACCAAAGAAGCAAUGGAAAGGGAAUCGUCUACCACAUAUGAGCCAAAAAGGAACUGUGAAAUAAGGGUUUUUGAGAGUUCAGAUGAAAUUUCAACAGAUCUUGCUGAGUAUAUCUCGCAAAUUUCAGAAAUUUCUGUCAAAGAAAGGGGAUACUUUGCCAUCGCCUUAUCUGGUGGUCCCCUAGUCAGUUUUUUGGGGAAACUUUGUGAAGCACCAUACAACAAGACCCUGGACUGGUCCAAAUGGUACAUCUUCUGGUCUGAUGAACGUGCCGUUGCAAAAAACCAUGCAGAGAGUAACUAUAAGUUAACAAAAGAAGGAUUUAUUGCCAAGGUACCUAUUCCGCAUGGCCAUGUCUACUCCAUAAAUGACAAUGCCACAGUGGAGGAUGCAGCAACAGACUAUGAAUUCAUGAUCAGGCAGCUGGUUAAGGUCCGCACAAUAGGAGUCUCAGAGAGAAACGACUGUCCCAAGUUUGAUCUCAUCCUCCUUGCCAUGGGCGCUGAUGGGCAUGUGGCCUCACUUUUCCCGAACCACCCUGCCAUGGAGCUGAAAGACGACUGGGUCACCUACAUCACUGACUCCCCGCAGCCUCCUCCUGAGAGGAUCACCUUCACUCUCCCAGUAAUCAACUCAGCAUCCAACAUAGCAAUAGUGUCCACCGGUGAUGACAAAGCAAAUGCUGUUCACUUAGCAGUUUCUGACACGACUGAAGGUCCUGAUGCUCCUACAUCACUGCCUGCUAGAAUGGUCCAGCCAACGGACGGGAAGCUGGUGUGGUUUCUGGACAAGGAGGCGGCAUCAUCCCUUGAGUCCAUGAACGACGACGAUGCUUCCUUCGACCGUCAUGAGUACUAACUCUGAGGAUCUGAGGUCGUCUUGAAGUGAAUGAACGGAGGUGUGUAAGUAGGUGGUGGCAUAUGAUGGAAGACGUGCUGUUUGCUCCCCUUUUAGCUCGAUGUAUGCAUUGAUUUGUCUGAGGGUUUAGUUCCGGGAAAUCUGAAAUUGCUCUUGGUCCUUUUGCUAUGAGAGGUGAUUGAAAGCGAGGAAAUGGGUAUGCGAUGUUGAGUCAUCGAAGAACAUCAGAUUUUAACUCUGGUCGUAUGAUAUUAUGUAGUGGAAGUUAGAUUUUUUUUAUUUGUUGGUAUGUCUUUCAUGGCGUCUUCUAAAAACAUUCUGAUCCGCGAGACACCAAUCCUACUGUUCUUUUAGCC